GGGCGUGUGAAUGAUGCACCACGUGUUUCCGCCGAGGGCUGUCAGCUGACAUCGCUACACGUGUGUGUGUCUGUGUGUGUGUGUCGCCUGUGUUGUCCGUGUGUCGCCUGCGUGGCCCUGGCGAUGUCGCCGACUCUGACCCCGCCCGUGCUGUGGGCGCAGCGCCACGACUCGGUGUCCCUCAAGGUGGACCUCAAGGAAGUCUCGGAACAUGAAGUGGAGUGCAAGGGCAAGACGAUCGUCUUCAAAGGCUACGGCUACGGCGCCCAGGGCCAGAACCGCUACGAGUUCUCGCUGGAGCUGCUGGAGGCGGUGGAGACGCCGGCGGCGAGCGUGCGAGUCACGCAGCGCGAGGUGGCCAUCACGCUGCGCAAGGCCACGCCGGCCUGGUGGGGGCGCCUCACCAGCGCCGAGCGCCGCCCAAACUUUCUGAUGCCCGACUUCGACCGCUGGAUGGACGAGUCCGACGCCGAGGAGGAGCUGCGGCUCGAGGAGAUGAAGAAUAUCGGGAAGGUCACCGUGGAGUCGCGCGUCCGCAAACACCCGCUCUCCACGCUGCACCGUGGUUACCUCUUCAUGUACAACUUGGUGCAGCUGCUGGGCUUCGCCUACGUGCUCGUCAGCCUCUCCGUGCCGCUGCUACUGGGACACGAGUUCUGGGGCUCGGCGCUCAAGGACGCCCACAAGGUGCUGCGCUUCUGCCAAGUGCUCGCCGUGCUGGAGGUCGUCCACCCGCUCGCCGGCCUUGUCUCCGCCGCGCUCGUCCCCACCGCGCUGCAGGUCCUGGGCCGGGGCUUCAUGCUCUUUGUGGUGAUCGGGAUGCACGAGCGACUGAGCGCCACCAACACCGCCUUCGCCGUCUACUACCUGUGGAGCGCCAUCGAGGUGUUUCGGUACCCCUACUACAUGCUGGGCAGUGUGGGCGUGGAGUGGAGACUCCUCACCUGGAUCCGCUACUCACUGUGGAUCCCGCUCUACCCGCUUGGAGCACUCGCUGAAGCGGCGUGCGUGCUGAGCGCCAUCCCGCUGUUCGAGGCGUCGCAGGCCCUCUCGGUGCGGCUGCCCAACGUGCUCAACUCGUCCGUGCACUUCCCCUACGUCCUCUACGCCUACCUGGUCAUCCUCGCCGUCGGUGUCUGCAUCAACUUCCGCCACAUGUACAAGCAGCGGAGCAAGCGGUUCGGAGUUCGCAAGCGCAAGCGCGCGUGACCGGGGCGGCCGGGGGGGAGUGGUCGGCGUGGGGGCGCUAGCGCCGUGGAGCUAGGGGGUGGAGUGACAGUGGGUUGACGUCUCCUCCACGUGGCUCCAGGUUCCUCUGCAGCCAUCGUCGUCGCCAUCAUCGUCGCCAUCAUCGUCGCCAUCAUCGUCGCCGCCAUCGUCGCCAUCAUCGUCGCCAUCAUCGUCGCAGCCAUCGUCGCCAUCAUCACGUUCACCACAUCGUUGGCAACCGCCGCCGCCGUCGUCAUCGCGCCGCAUUUGUCACCGGCGUCGUCACCGUCGUCAGUGAUUAUUACUGACAUCACGAUGGUUCAUUGUCACAUCGCCAUCUCCCGUAAUCGUCGCUAUCAACAAAAACGCCGCCGUCUCCGUCGUCAUCAGAGCAAGCGUCAUCAUAAUUGUAAUGGUCAUUCCCGUCACCAGCAUCUCCACCACGACCAUCGUCGUCGCCGUCCCCUUCGUCGUAGUUUGCGUGCAGCCGCUAGUUGCUCCUGCCCGCGUGUGUUGGCGUGGCGGUUGUAAGCCGCGUUGCCACGCCGCGGCCGGCUGGUUUUUUCCCCGCACGCGAGCCGUUCCUCCUUCCACGCGUUCCACGCGUUCCACGCGUACACACACACGCGUACACACACACGUACACACACGCGCGUAGUAGUCCGGGCGGUCAGCGUUCCGAUUGUCCGCGUUUAAUCGCAUUUUUCUCGUGUCCCGCGGUGGACGCCGGCCGGGGAGGGUGGGUGACGAUGUCGCGACCGACCGUUCCGCAGCGAUUUUUUUUCCCCACGUCGCCCGGGGGGUUCGCCACGCGUGGGGAGCGAUGACACACCGCUCGGCGCGCCUGGUUUUACGAACUCCUGGUGGCGAACAUUAAUUGGAUUUCCGUCCACGGCUCCCGUCGGUGGCUCGCGAUGUCUCGAUCCGGUACCCGGGUCUCUACCCCGCCACCGCUCUCAUGAAGUGUGGUGAAGUAUGGUCAAGCAGUGCCUCCCCUGUGACCGACACUGCGUGGGGGGAGGCCUUCAUCCAGCAGUGGAUCGACCGAGGAAGCCCCGUUAAACGAUUACAAAUCAAUGUUGAUGAAUGCAACGGGGGUUAUAACGUGAACGAUUCGGCCGCUAGACGCCGCUAUAUGCGUACAUUUAAAAAAAAUAACAAUAAACUUGCAAUUUGUAACAUGGAAUCUGGAUCACAUAGAGAUUCCGACUGGAAUAUGAAUAGCCGUCAAUCGUUACCCCCCCCCCCCCACGUCCACGUGGUUCACAUCGCGACGCCACGAGCACCUGCCCGCGAGUGAUCUGUACAAUGAUGAUUACCAAUAAAGAUAGCCUUUCUAACUUCA